AUGAUCACCCGCGUGUCUCCACUUGACCGCAUUCACUUUGUCAAGGUGACUUCUGUCGCUGGUUUGUGCAACGCGGCUGCUAGUGCCUACAUGUGCACAUGGAUGGAGGGAGGCGGUGGCGGUGGCGGCGGCAGCGGUGGUGGUGAUGGUCGCACUAGCAGAUGUGCAAAGAGCUUUCGUCCCCGAAGCCUCGUGCCACCGGGACAUCGCCACAUAAACCCUUGUGAUAGAUGGUUCGUCGUACUCGAAGUAAAAGAGGACCUCCACAUAAGUGGUUUCCAGGACAGCAUGGAAACCGCCAGGACAAUUAUCUUUUUCGACAUUCCAACAGUUCCAUCGACACAACGGAAACCUCCAGCCUACAUAUCAUUGAAGUUCUCGCGUGCUCAAAGCAAUGCUUCCGAAGACAGUAUUCGCAUCAGCCAUCUUAAUUGCGCUUUCCUCGACACGGAAACACCGUCAGACAUCAUACCCAGUUGUCCUCAUCUCAAAAUGUCGCAUUUUAACAAACAUCAAUUGUUUAAGGCAUGGGACCCCAUUGUCCAAGUUCUUUUGUUGCCGGACAAUGCGCGCACCGCGUAA